AUGAAAGUUGACUCUGACUUUGACUUAGCUAGACCAUGGCCGGAGGAUUUCCGGAGCAGCAGCGGUCAGUUAGUUCCCGAUCAGUUCAGCAGCUACUUUGAGGUGAGUUACCUUCCAGUAGUGGUGGGUCUAAGGCCACAAUGCCGGCCCACCAGUAGGAGACACGCGAAGGGGAAAUCGGACCAGAAGGCAGCACGAUGGUUCGUCGCUCGACUCGCAAUCGGUGGCGGCCUCCGGGGUUCGACUAGACUGAAGAAGAAGAAGAAAAAUGAUCGAAGCAGCGAGGCGGCUGUCUCCUCGGACGAGAAGAAAGAGACAAAGCAACGGGGCUGCUCGUCUUCAGUGUUGGAAGGAGUUGCGAAGGAAAACGAGAUGGCUGCGAGGCCCGAUGGCGGUCGUCAUCUCGGAAAGAAGAUGGAGCGCCUCUGA